AUGGAGCGUGAAGGCUCUAAUUUACUCACCCUCUCCUUUGCGCGAUUCCAACCUCACAUGGUCCUUGAAUUUGAGAAACAUGUUUUCAACGAAGUACACGAUGUGUCAACAUUAGAGAUACCCAUAUCCAUACCUUCAUACGGGCAGGAUGUAGGCGAAAUUGACUAUUCUUCCUUUGUCUCUAUUGAAUUAGAUCUCUUUAAAACCCUUGCAAGAUGGUUAGAUAACACUUAUGAAGCUUAUGUUACUAUUUCGAGUUCAAAAAUUUCCUUCUUUGUUGGGCGUAGUCAGUUCACUCUUGAUGCACAGGAAGGAGAUUGCAUAAUUGGCGGCGUUGCAAUUGGACAAGAAAUUAACUCCUCAAUGACUCUCUAUCCUAUGCAAUUCUAUUGCAACCUCGUAUCUGAUAGGUUAUGGUUAUUCAAAUCCAUUGGGUCCAACUGUCUAAUUCUCAUUGCUCCUUCGGGAUUGUAUGCUCACUUUUCCUCGUAUUAUUUUCCCGAUGAUUUCUAA